AUGGUACUUGCACGAGGCUUGCGGACCAAGGCAAAUACGGAAGCUUCCAAGUCCGAGAUAUCGUCAUCGUCCCGCUCUGCAACGCCAUCUGCGACACCAUCGACGUCUCCAUCCUCGACGCCGUCGCCUAGUGUAGCAAGUAAGCCUCGCAAGAGCAACAUUGGUGCUAUAGCUGGUGGUGUAGUCGGCGGCGUAUGUGGGCUCGCUCUCAUCGCUGCCGCCGUCUUUCUGCUUCUCCGUCGGAACAAAAAGCCUGGCCAACCACCUGAAGCUCCCGCAGAUGAGCGACGAGAGGUUGAUGGAAGGAGCGCAAUGGUCGAAAUGCCACACCAAGGCCCCAAACAUGAGAUGGACGCGAAGAACAUAGCCCCACAGGAGCUCGGUGACAAGAAGAGUGUGGAUCUACCCCCGGUCGAGCUUCCAGGCGACGAUGCUGCUCGACAUUCCCAGCAUAUAAUCGACUCUCAGCUUACUGCCAGUGAGAAGCGCUGA